AUGCUCUCCCCCAACAGCUCACAGGAACCCCCCAAUAACAGGACACCAGGGCCCUUUGAUGGUCCCCAGUGGCCCCACCAGGCCCCCCGGGGGUUGUACCUCUCAGUGGCUGUGCUGAUGGGCACCAUCCUGGUCUCUGCCUCUCUUCUCAAUGGUUUGGUCAUCGUGGUUUCCAUCAAGUACAAGCAGCUCCGUUCUCCCCUGAACUACAUUCUGGUGAACCUGGCUGUGGCUGACCUGCUGGUGACACUCUGUGGCAGCUCCAUCAGCUUCUCCAACAACAUCAGUGGCUUCUUCAUGUUUGGCAGACGGAUGUGUGAGCUGGAGGGCUUCAUGGUCUCCUUGACAGGCAUCGUGGGGCUGUGGUCCUUGGCCAUCCUGGCCCUCGAGCGCUACGUGGUGGUCUGCAGACCCCUGGGAGAGUUUCAGUUCCAGCACCACCAUGCCCUCACUGGUUGUGCCUUCACCUGGAGCUGGGCACUGCUCUGGACAACCCCACCACUCCUGGGUUGGAGCAGCUACGUGCCUGAAGGUCUGAGAACCUCAUGUGGGCCCAACUGGUACACGGGUGGCAGCACCAACAACAGCUACAUCUUGGCCUUGUUUGUCACCUGCUUUGUCAUGCCCCUCAGCCUCAUCCUCUUCUCCUACACCAACCUCCUGCUGACCCUGCGGGCGGCUGUAGCGCAGCAGCGGGAAUCGGACACGACGCAGCGGGCGGAGCGGGAGGUGACAAGGAUGGUGGUCACCAUGGUGGUGGCUUUUCUCAUCUGCUGGCUGCCCUACACCACCUUUGCCUUGGUGGUGGCCACCAACAGAAACAUCUCCAUCCAACCAGCUCUUGCCUCCCUGCCCUCCUACUUCUCCAAGACUGCCACAGUUUACAACCCCAUCAUCUAUGUCUUCAUGCACAAGCAGUUCCAGAGCUGCCUGGUGGCAAUGGUUUGCUGUGGAUACCAACCCCAGAGGAAGGGAAAAACCACUCCAGCUGCCCCUGCCCCAGAUGUCCCUGCAGAGAGGCUGUGGAACAAGGUGACACCACCUCCUCCUGUCUAA